GGCUGCGCGCUUCGCCGGUCCCUUUCCUCUGCCUUUUUGUUGUUUUUUUUUUUCUGCCUUGACUUGUAACCCCCGACUCUUCGCAGAUGUUAGUGCACAGUUUUUCGGCUAUGGAGCGCCACGACAGUACCAGCAACGGGACAGCCCGGUUACCCCAGUUGGGGACCGUGGGUCAGUCUCCCUACACCAGCGCCCCACCGCUCUCCCACACCCCCAACGCCGACUUCCAGCCCCCUUACUUCCCCCCCCCUUACCAGCCCAUCUACCCCCAGUCUCAGGACCCCUACUCCCACGUGAACGACCCGUACAGCCUCAACCCCCUCCAUGCCCAGCCGCAGCCCCAGCACCCAGGAUGGCCGGGACAGAGGCAGAGCCAGGAGACGGGGCUGCUCCACACGCACCGGGGUUUGCCCCACCAGCUCUCGGGGCUCGACCCGCGCAGGGACUACCGGCGGCACGACGACCUGCUGCACGCCCCGCACGGGCUGGGCUCGGGGCUGGCCGACCUGCCCCUCCACUCCAUCCCCCACGCCAUCGAGGACGUGCCGCACGUAGAAGACCCCGGUAUUAACAUCCCAGAUCAAACUGUAAUUAAGAAAGGCCCCGUGUCCCUCUCCAAGUCUAACAACAACGCCGUCUCCUCCAUCCCCAUCAACAAGGACGCGCUCUUCGGCGGGGUGGUGAACCCCAACGAGGUCUUCUGCUCGGUGCCGGGCCGCCUCUCGCUGCUCAGCUCCACCUCCAAGUACAAGGUCACGGUGGCGGAAGUGCAGAGACGCCUGUCGCCGCCCGAGUGCCUCAACGCCUCCCUGCUGGGCGGAGUGCUCCGGAGGGCAAAGUCUAAAAACGGAGGGAGAUCCCUGAGGGAGAAACUGGACAAAAUAGGACUAAACCUGCCAGCCGGGAGGCGUAAAGCUGCUAACGUUACCUUGCUCACAUCGCUCGUGGAGGGAGAAGCAGUACAUCUAGCUAGAGAUUUUGGGUACGUUUGCGAGACAGAAUUUCCUGCCAAAGCAGUAGCUGAAUUUCUCAACCGACAACAUUCCGAUCCAAAUGAGCAAGUCACAAGAAAAAACAUGCUUCUAGCUACAAAACAGAUCUGUAAAGAGUUCACCGACCUGCUGGCUCAGGACCGAUCUCCCCUGGGGAACUCGCGGCCCAACCCCAUUUUGGAGCCGGGCAUCCAGAGCUGCCUGACCCACUUCAACCUCAUCUCGCACGGCUUUGGGAGCCCGGCGGUGUGCGCUGCCGUCACCGCCCUGCAGAACUAUCUCACCGAGGCGCUCAAGGCCAUGGACAAAAUGUACCUCAGCAACAACCCCAACAGCCACACAGACAACAGCACCAAAAGCGGCGACAAAGAGGAGAAGCACCGAAAGUGAGGAUCCCCCCCACACACGCUCCUCUCCCUUCCCCCUCAUAGCCCAUCGAUCCAUUCAUCUCCCUCCUCCCUCUCCCCGGCACCCCAGGCUACAGCAACAGAAUGAGCGUCCUUCUGCCAGUCCUGUUCUCUGACUCUGCAGGACUGCUCUGCCCUCUCUCCACACCCCUUCCCAGCAUCCACAUUUCCAUUUGCUCCUGCUUAAAUUCCCCCCUCUUCCCACUGCUACCAUCGUUUUACCCCAGUUUGGAGCCUAAGAGAACAGAACAGGGGGACGGAGCCAGCAAAGAAAAAAAGUUCUGUCUUGAGUUUGUGAACUUUUUUUUAAAUAAAACAAAAGGAGAAAAAAAACCCAACAAAAAUAAAACAAAAAAGGACUUUUUUUUUCUAAAAAUAUAUUAAAAAUUUAAAAAAAAAACAAAAAGAAAGAAAUAAUACUUUAAAAUUCUAUGAGCUUCACCGGACUGAAUCACCACCUUCCCUUACAUAAACUUCAGUUAAGAUUGUAGCCAUACUAAAAAUGAAAAAAAAAAAAAAGUGAAAAAGUACAACAGCAACAGCAGACAGACAAAAGGCAAAGAGGACUGAUGACAUUUUAUCAGUAUUGUGAAUAAACUUGAACACAAAACACAAACAGUUCCAUGUCAUAUCUUCAGUUGUAGAACUUUUUCCUGUCCAAGGUAAAGCGACCAACUUGAACUUUCUAUUGCAACACGAUUCACAGUUAUUAUAUAAGGGAAUCAGUGUUCAUGUAUGUAUAUAUUUAUUUAUGUGUAAUUUAAUGGGAAUUGUAAAUAUGGUGAGUCUGUUUUAAGCCUUUUUUUAUUUAUCUGGUGAUCUCGUUUACCUCUUGUUUAGUGGGUUUUAAAUCUUCCCCUCUUAGUUCAUCAUGUGGUUCAUGGUACUUAUUUAGAUAUCAGAGGUUUUUUGGGGGUUUUUCUCUGGGAUUCAUCAUUUUUAGCCCUAUUGUAGCAUGUUAAAAGCAACAAUGAAGCAGCUGAACAAAUAAAAAACCAUUAAUUUUUAUAUAUAAUUAGUAUGACAUUUAGUUUCUCAUUGAAGAUAAAAUAAAGUGAUGUUGGACCCUGGCAAGGUUUUAAACAUGUUAGUGGUUUUACAACCCUUAUGUGUUGUGGAAAAUGAAAAAAGUUAUUUUCAUCCACUGUCCUUUUCCCAAAAGCACCAACAGAGCAAUAAAUUAAUACUGUCUUUUAAAACAAGAUUUAGCUUUACUUUCCUUUUUUUUCCCCUCUUUUUUUUCUCCCUUUCUUUUGUUUUUAUUUUUAUCUUUUUUUCUUCUUCUUUUUUUUUUUUUUUUCCCAAAGAACUUCAAACAUUCGGGACCACCUGGUAUCCUGUAUUUCCACUGGCCAUAUUGGAAGCAGUUAUAGUUGUGUUGUAUUGAGUUGUGCCGGCAGUAGUUUCCAUGCCUAUCAAUGUAUCAUAGUCCUUUGUUGCCCAGAUAAAUAAAUAUUUGAUACGCUUUA